CAGUCCUUAAAGCCUGCUUUUCAAAGCAUGUGUCAUCUUGACUCUUCGAUCCAAAGCCACGCGUAAGUUUCGAGGAAGUACAGUGGGAAAGGAGACCCAAGCAACCCUUCGGACUGGAGAAAUAUUUUCUAAAGUUGAAGUUUUCCUGACAGGCCGGGACCGACCUGCAUUUAUAGCCACCGGUCGUCAUCUGAUCUUACCUUGGGUUGCUCCAGCAGCAAAGUGCGCGGUGAUGACCCUGUCUGGAGGCACCAGUGCCAGCAACAUGUCCGGUCAGACCGUGCUUACAGCUGACGAUGUGGAUAUCGACGUGGUCGGGGAGGGUGACGAGGGGAUGGAGCAGGACAGUGACUGCGAAAGCCAGUGCAUGCAGGACCGGGGAGACGAGGUGGAGGAGAUCGAUGUGAAGGAGCGCAGCGACAGUCCCUGCGAGAGCACCGCUGACGGAGAGACCAAGGGGGAUGCACAGGAGAGCUCCACCGGUCCCAUGCAAAACAAGCCCAAGAGCAGCCUGGUAAAGCCGCCCUACUCGUACAUCGCCCUCAUCACCAUGGCCAUCCUCCAGAGCCCGCAGAAGAAGUUGACGCUCAGUGGAAUCUGCGAGUUCAUCAGCAACCGCUUCCCUUACUACCGGGAGAAGUUUCCGGCCUGGCAAAACUCCAUUCGCCAUAACUUGUCGCUCAACGACUGCUUCGUCAAGAUCCCACGGGAACCGGGCAACCCGGGCAAAGGCAACUACUGGACCCUCGACCCCCAGUCGGAAGAUAUGUUCGACAACGGCAGCUUCCUGAGGAGGAGGAAACGCUUCAAGAGGCAUCAACCGGACAUUCUCAGGGACCAGACCGCCCUCAUGAUGCAGAGUUUUGGGGCAUACGGCAUUGGGAAUCCAUAUGGACGCCACUAUGGAAUUCACCCGGCUGCAUACACGCACCCUGCCGCUCUGCAAUACCCGUACAUUCCCCCUGUGGGUCCGAUGCUCCCUCCGGCGGUGCCUCUCUUACCCUCCGCCGAACUGAACAGAAAAGCGUUUAACUCUCAACUAAGUCCAAGUCUCCAGUUACAGCUAAACAGCCUGAGCACCGCGUCGAUUAUCAAAUCUGAGCCGUCCAGUCGACCAUCGUUCAGCAUAGAAAACAUCAUCGGGGUCUCCAGCAGCUCUACGAGCGCACAGACUUUCCUGCGGCCGCCCGUGACGGUGCAGUCCGCCUUACUGAGCGCACAGUCCCUGUCCUUAACCCGGACAUCAGCUGCCAUCGCGCCCAUCCUCAGCGUCCCGUCAAAUAUCAUCUCCGGACAAUUUUUACCGACAGCGUCCACAGCAGCGGUAUCGAAAUGGCCUUCUCAAUGAUAAUCAAAAUAUUUUUUAAACAUAUAUAUAUAUUUUAAAGACGAUACAGCACGAACUAUAGGCAGCACUGGACAAUUCGUCCGCCCCAAUGUAGCCAUGUAAAGACUUUUGAGAAAAAAAAGAAAAUUCAUAAUCAAAAAGGAAUGCUUUCAGUACAGGUAAUGUUUGUAAAUAUUUGUACAAAGAAAUUAAUUUACAUGUAUUUCUUUCUAUUUCAUUUCGUUGUUUAAACUUAUAGUUGAGUGAACCUUAUUUUUUCAUAUUUUGUUUUCAUCUUGAAAGAUGUGAUGUUUCCCCCUGUUUUCCAAUAUGAAAUAUUAAACUGUUCUUAUUGAAAGAAGACUGAAAAAAGUAUGUUUAUAAAAUUUUAAAUCUAUGUAUUCUAUGUAGCUAUAUUGUGUUGUAAAUCAACUUCAUUUGUUAAUAAAUGAAAACAAUCCAAUGCAUCUCAAACACAA